UGAGCAAGUUGCCAAGUUUUGUUUAUUAUUUAGUCGACACCUCGCAAAACUCGGUAUUUACAACUUGUAAAUUACAAGUUAAUUUAACUGCAAUUUCAUGAGGAUGCAUUAAAUCUAAACGUGCUCAUUAAUAACUUAACUGUCAUCGCUCUAGUCUUUGUUGUCAUUUUGUCUGUCAAAUCUUUGAGUAAAGUGGUGAGAUUGUGAAUCCCAAUUCGUGUGACUUUUUCAUCCUCACUCAAACUGCUCCAGUCAGUCCAGCUGGAACUGGUGAAUUCGUCACCUUUUUCUACCCUUAUUCUUCUACUACCCGGGCAACAUGUCCGACGCCACUGUGGACUCUGCCUUGAUAGAAAAAUGGACUAAAGUGCAAAAUGACCUAAGAAGCAAUAUUAUAACAAGUGAUUCUGAGGAGUGGCAGAGUGAUUUGAACUCCCUCAAAUUGGUCGCUGGCCUAGACAUUUCAUAUCCGAAGGAUGCACAUGAUAAAAGUCAUUCCGAUGCAUAUGCAGCCCUCGUUAUUUGCAAGUUCCCUUCAAUGGAAAUUGUUCAUCAGGAUGUCGAAUUAUGUCAACCUGAUGUGCCCUAUGUUCCAGGAUUUUUAGCAUUCCGAGAACUACCUCCCUUACUAAAUCUAGUUAACAAAUUACUCAAAGAACACCCCGAAUUUAAACCUGACGUGAUUUUAGUGGAUGGAAAUGGAUUGUUGCAUCCCCAAAAAUGCGGCGUGGCAUGCCAUAUUGGGUAUCACACAUCCAUUUGCACAAUUGGAGUCGCCAAGAACUUAUUUGUAAUGGAAAAUGUAAACUGUACCAAAGCUAUGGUUCAAAAUAUGGGCGGAGCUGGUGACUUCACGCUAAUUAAAGACAAUGAAAAUUGCAUAUUAGGAUUAGCUUUGAAAUCGGCAGAAGAGGCAAAAAAUCCAAUUUAUGUUUCAAUCGGACAUAAAAUCUGUUUAGAAAGUUCGAGAAAAACCGUGCUGGCUUGCUGCAAAUAUCGAGUUCCAGAGCCACUACGAUUUGCAGAUGGGAUAUCAAGAGAGUUUGUACGACAGUUGUUGGCAAAAACUGAUACAUAAAGACAAUUAUCUACUAUCACAUUUUAUACGUACAAUAAAUGCCUGUAUAAUAAAUAUAAGACUAAUAUAAUCGAAACAUUUUAUCAAAC